AUCGAUUGGAUGGCAACACUGAUUUUUGAGCGGUGUCAGAAGUGGCGACUUUUUUUUGGUUAGAGGGGCCCAAAAGCUGGAAAUUCAAAUUGCCGUUUGUCUACGUAAAGUUUACCCAGGUUUUUGAGAACAAACAGCAAGAGUUACGUUGCUAAAUAUCAACUAAAGCAAAUAUUUGAUUUUCGAGUUAAAUUGAAUUAAAGUGAUUAGAUCCAAUCGUUUUUGCCAUUAUUUCACUUAAUUCGAGCGCCCCAGAACGAGACGCAGCAGAAAAUAACUCCGCUGAUAAACUGUGGAAUUGGAGGCUUUUAAAAUGUCUUGUGCAGCUCAACAGGGUAGCGUAGAUGAAUUUUUCAAUGUGGUUCUUCAAUUGACAAAGAAAUGCGGCCAGUUAAUCAAAGAGCGGACCUCAUCCCGAACGAAAAAAGUGGAAACCAAGUCCAGUGCCAUUGACUUUGUUACUGAAACCGAUCAGGAAGUGGAACGCUUGCUCAUUGAUGGACUCUCCAAAGCGUUCCCCGAACACAAAUUCAUUGGCGAAGAGAGCGUGUCAAGUGGGGCCCAAUGCGAGCUGACUGACGCCCCCACUUGGAUAAUUGACCCAGUGGACGGAACAAUGAACUUUGUGCACUCGUUCCCGCACUCUUGCAUAUCCAUCGCUUUGUUCGUCGACAAACAUCCAGCUAUCGGAAUUAUCUACAACCCGAUGAUGAACCAGUUGUUCACUGCCCAGAAGGGCAAAGGGGCCUUUUUGAACGGCGAGAAAAUCACGGUGUCUGGGACGAAACGUUUGGCCGAGGCGCUGAUUAUGAUGGAGUUUGGAACCAGCAGGAACGCGGAGCAGCGCAGCGUCAUUCUAGAGAAUCAACAGAAGCUGAUGCCGCAGGUGCAUGGACUCCGAGCUUUGGGAUCGGCUGCGCUCAACAUGGCCAUGGUGGCUUGCGGGGCAGCGGACGCCUAUUUUGAGUUUGGCAUCCACAUUUGGGAUAUUGCGGCAGGCGAGCUCAUCAUUACGGAGGCGGGCGGAGCCGUUAUUGACCCCGCCGGCGGACAGGUGGACAGGCUUUCACGUCGAGUGCUUGGUGCUAGUUCGCAAGAACUAGCUGAACAACUCGCCAAGGAGUUGGCCCAAUUUUACCCCGAGCGCGAUUAAUCGGUCCGCUUCAGUUGUCAGAGUCUGUUUAAGGAUUAGAAGCCUUACUGAUAGUAUAGUAGUAUGCAUUGAAACUAGAGAACGCAAUUAGGAAAUGUGUUGAUGUA